GGGAAACUAUGCUAUUAAUAAAAUAGGUGUGCAAGUGACCUGAGUGACGUAUCCCCAGGACCCCUCGUACCCCACGAUGCUCUAAGGAGGUAUUUAUUUUUAUUUUCUUCUUUUAUUCAUGCAAAUUACGCGCGAGAAUGGCCCCGAUACCUAUAACCAUCCUGACCGGCUUCUUGGGCUCCGGAAAAACGACAUUGCUACUGAACAUCAUUCCACAACUUCGCACCACUAAUCCUUCCUAUCGUCUGGCUCUGCUAAAGAAUGAAUUCGGCGACGUAGCCAUCGACUCGCAGCUCGCCUCGUCCAGCGCCGUCUCCGGCGUCCAAGAGCUCCUCAACGGCUGCAUAUGCUGCAACCUCGUCGGCCAGCUGAGCACUGCUCUCGCCGAGCUGCGUUCCAGCGUUAACCCCGAUCGCAUCGUCAUCGAGACUUCUGGCUCUGCCUUCCCUGCUACUUUGGCUAUCGAAGUCAACCGACUGGCUCGCGACACCGGCCACUACACCCUCGACGGCGUCGUCAGUGUCAUCGACGUCGAGAACUGGAAGGGGUAUGAGGAUACUAGUUACACCGCUCGCAUACAAGCCAGAUACACGGACCUGAUCGUCUUCAGCAAAUGGGAAAACUGCGACGAGCGCAGAUUCGACGACUGUCUUGACCGAGUCGGAGAUCUCGAAGUCGACGUCGCUUGGGUGAAGAGCGAUAAGGGACGAAUCCCUGUCGACGUUAUAUUCGGUAUCGAUGGCGGAUUGGCGAGGGCGUUAAGUGAACAACCCAAUAUAAAUAACAACAGUGACGCUCAUGCUCACGACCAUGAUCAUGACCAUAACCACGAUCACCAAAGCGAGGUCGAAGUUCUCUCAAUCGCCCUCUCCGGGGAGCCAGGUGCCGUCACCGAUGCGACAAAAUUGAUGUCUUUGUUGAAUGCUGCACCUAAAGACGAGGUCUAUCGGAUCAAGUCCGUAUUAACAACAUCACCAACGGUCCGGAGCUCCGGAGAAGAUGAAGCACCAGCACCGACAACGCCGUCUAGCCGUCCAGGCAGGUAUAUACUGAAUUGGGCAUUCGGAAGAUGGACAUUCACUCCCCUCGACCCGGAAACGGCCGAGCACAGCUCAAGUCGCCGGACUGCGCUUCGUAUGACAAUGAUCUUGGCGAGGUAUGAGAGUGGAAAAUGGAAAAAGAAAUUAGAGACAGGUGGGUUCCUAAAGCUCGAAGGUGGCGCGCAGGGGGAAUUAGUCGUUACCAAGAUUUCCUAAAUGUCUCCUCCCACGAUAGGCAACUUGGAAUGGAUGAGCGUAUAACUUCUCUUUUCACUCUGGCUAUUCUCAUCAGCUUGAAUAUUCAGCCGCGAGACAUAUAAAUCCCAGGUACUGACUCAUCACGUCGGCCUACCCGAUGAUUGG